UUAAUAAGCAGAAUGUCGUAAAACCAAAAGGUGUUUACGUUCUUUGUACACGUCUUUGCGUGUUAAAAAAAAACAGUUUCAUCUGACCGCAUGUUUUCUACACGCUCUUUUUUUGAGGAUAUACUAAAUGUGACCUGCUUACCGUCGACUUCAAACAAACAGAAUAUAUAGUUCAUAUUUGAGAGAACAAAUACUAAUUGAAGAUACUGAUUGUCUACUUUUUUCUAGACAUUAUUAUGAGCCAAAUACAAAGUUGCCAGUCAGAAGACGACUUGAAUAGGAUGAGUUGGGAUGAACAUGGUUUUUUUUCUUCCUCAAAUUCUACAUUUUAUUCCUGCCAACACGAGAGCCGUGCGUCAACUGGUUUGCCGAAAGGUUACUUCGAAAAAAAGUAUGUCGAUGACGGAAAAAGAGAUUCCGUUUUACAAGAAAAUCGACUCAAUCAUCUUAAAUCAUUUUGCGAGCCUCAUAGGAAUUUGAACUCUACUUUGUAUUUGCAAAUGAAUCAGAGUGAAAGACCAGAGUUUCCUUUUCGUCAGAUCAAAAACGACAACUCUAAAGAUAUUGCUACUUUGUACUUUGAAAACAUAAAUUCUUUAUCCCCACAUUUCUCACGUUCUCAAAGUCCUUCAGAUGAAGACAGUGGAUACUCGUCAAAACAAACGUCGCCAAUCUCUUUACAAAGUUUUCAUCGAGCUCAAAUCACGCCUCCAAAAAAUCCAUCACCACCACAAUCACCGCGAAUAACAGAGUCUAACAAGAACUUUUUUUAUAACAACAUGAACAGAGUCAGUGACUCUACCUGUCAAAAUACUUCAUUUGAAGAAACAGCAAAACAAGAUUUAUCUGUGGAACAGAAUAAACAAUUAUUGUUAGUAGAAAAAUAUAAACAAAAACUUUCUGCUUUAAAUAAUUAUCAAAAACAGGCUCUCCUUCAUCACUUGCAACAACGCGAAAAAAAAAGCAUAAAUAAAAAUCAAUCUUGUGGUUUUAAUAAUUUGGCCAAUGAAAACGACGCACUGAAAAUCGAAAAUCAAAAAAAUUUUGAUCAAAAUUUGAACUUUUAUUGCAAAGAUGAUUUUCCUUUUAUUGAAAACAUGAAACAAAUGUCUAUAGAAGAUACAAUUCAUAGAAGGACCUUAAUGAAACAAGACAACAUCCGACAAGCAUUAGGUACUGUAAAUGGUAACAGUUCCAUCUCAAAGAGCAGUAUCAAGUGUCAACACCACGUAGACGAUCAGUUUAACACAAAAGACCCCAGCUCAUUAGAUGUGUUAGAAGACCCUAGAUGGAAUGGAGCUCGAUCUAUUUUUAAUGGAAGCACUGAAAGUCAAGAUUAUAUGCAAAGAGAUCGAAAUGAAGUCUCUUAUACUUGGAGUGGACACUUGCCUCCUAAAAUUUACAAAAACCUUGUUUAUUCUAAUAAAGUUUUUUUGGGAGGAGUCCCUUGGGAUAUCACAGAAGCUGGUUUGCAACAAACAUUCCGUCCUUUCGGUGCAGUUAGUAUUGAAUGGCCAGGCAAAGAUGGAAAGCAUAGUAGACAUCCUCCCAAAGGUUAUGUGUACUUAUUAUUUGAAUGCGAAAAAUCAGUAAAGGCUCUUAUGACAAACUGUACACACGAUUUUUCUAAUGGUGGAGAUUGGUAUUACAAAAUUUCCAGCAGAAGAAUGAGAAGCAAAGAAAUUCAAGUUAUCCCUUGGGUAUUAUCAGACAGCAAUUUUGUACGCAGUGCUUCUCAAAGGCUGGAUUCAACCCGUACAGUGUUUGUCGGAGGAUUGCAUGGAAUGAUUAAUGCAGAGGCAUUAUGUCAAAUAAUGAAUGACUUGUUUGAUGGCGUGACUUAUGCAGGGAUUGAUACGGAUAAACAUAAGUACCCCAUCGGAUCUGGGCGUGUAACUUUUAAUAAUUCAAAAAGUUUCAUGAAAGCAGUGCAAGCAUCAUUUAUUGAAAUAAGAUGUCCAAAGUUUACAAAAAAAGUACAGAUAAAUCCUUAUUUAGAAGACUCCGUAUGCAGUCAAUGUCAUAUAAAUUCAGGUCCAUUUUUUUGUAGAGCCUCAGAAUGUUUUAAAUAUUUUUGUCACUCUUGUUGGUCAUGGCACCAUUCUAUCGAUAGCUUACGACAACACCGACCUUUAACACGGCAAAGUAAGUCUUCCACUGGAAGCAACUUGCUAAGUUAAUAUAGUUAAAAUUUUUAAGUAUGGACAAGUCUUUUUUAAUCUUUCCUAAGGAAGUUUUUCUUA